AUGGCAUUGCAAUUGACGUUCCAAGCACCGGUGAGGGCGAUGGCACCCGACCUGCAACUGUCCACCCCAGCCUACGAAAGCCCAAUCAGACACCACCAGCGCAAACAAUCAAGUGCUAAAGAGGUCAAGGAAACAUUACAUGCACGCUCAGAGUACACCAACAGCCAGGAUGAGGGCGGUGCAAUACAUCGGAUCAACCAGUACAUAAUAAAGCAAGAGAUAGGAAGGGGCUCCUUUGGCGCAGUCCACCUUGCUGUUGACCAGCAUGGCAUUGAAUAUGCCGUGAAAGAGUUCUCAAAAUCUCGACUACGGAAACGCGCACAGUCCAACAUCCUGCGUCGACCUCAUGGAGGACCGCGCAGAACUGGCCAUCUGGCUGCGGGUGUAGGCUUCAAUUCUCCAAUGCACCGAAACUCGUCUUCAAAUAUCACUGAUCAGGAAGGAGACGGAAAUCCUCUGUUCCUUAUCAAGGAAGAGAUUGCGGUCAUGAAGAAACUCAAUCACGAUAACUUAGUAUCUUUGAUAGAAGUUCUGGAUGACCCGAAUGAGGACUCGCUGUAUAUGGUUCUUGAAAUGUGCAAGAAGGGGGUGAUCAUGAAAGUCGGAAUGGAGGAGCAGGCGGACCCAUAUGAUGACGAGAGCUGCAGAUGCUGGUUUCGGGACCUCAUACUUGGAAUCGAGUAUCUGCAUGCCCAAGGAGUCGUUCAUCGUGAUAUCAAGCCUGACAAUUUGCUAUUGACGGAAGAUGAUGUACUCAAGAUUGUAGACUUUGGCGUCUCCGAAAUAUUCGAGAAACAUUCAGAUAUGACGACCGCGAAGUCAGCUGGGUCACCGGCCUUCUUACCACCAGAAUUGUGCGUCGCCAAACACGGAGGCAUCUCUGGCAAGGCCGCAGAUAUUUGGUCCAUGGGUGUGACUCUAUAUUGCUUACGCUUUGGGCGGAUACCUUUCGAGCAACCAGGGGUUCUGCAGCUGUACGAAUCGAUCAAAAAUGACGACGUUGAUUUAACCCGUGGCCCGACUAUUGACGACAAUUUCAAGGAUCUGAUGGAGAGGAUACUCGAUAAGAAUCCGGUCACGAGGAUCAAAAUGGACGCGCUGCGGGAGCAUCCAUGGGUAACGAGGGAUGGUAAAGACCCUCUCCUAUCGGCAGAGGAGAACACCGCGAAUCUUGUCGAGCCUCCGACAGAAGAGGAAAAAAACCAGGCUAUUACAGGCAAUCUCAGCAACAUACUCGUCCUCAUGAAAGCAGUAAAGCGAUUCAAAAACAUUAUAGCUCAUAAGAGACCUUCAGGUCUGCAAGGAAUCCUAGGCAAAGACACACGAAUGGUACAACCGCCGUUGUCCAUGUCCAGGCCUGAGAAGCGACCAUUAUUUCACAAGACCCGAAGCGUUGAUACCCAUGACCGAAGGCCUAUCGAACAAGCACUGGUGGCAGAAGGUGUUCACAGAGAUGUUGAUUUGGAUGGGUUUGAAAAGUCACUGGCAGACCGAGAAGAUACCGCCAUCGCAUACUCUCCAACAAGUCCAACAAAACGCUUCUCUGAACACGAUCCUGAGCAGUCCCCAUCAAGUGCUACGAACAACAAAAGGACAAACAAUGCCCACCCGCAAGCCCACCGACCACCAGUGCAUGCAUCCACUGCACCCAUGCCCGGUCCUCACGGUGGCAGAGGUCAAGCACAUGAUCCUCUUUCCGACCAUCUCUACCUUGGACUCGGGCCUGGCGGCAGCUCCCGGACCCCCUCACCACCCUGCGUGAGCGAGUCGCCGCCAGCAGCAGAGACCAAUAUCUACGAAACGGCAUACGAUAUGGAAAUUCAACGAUUACGGGCCGCAAAUGGUAGGGCUGCCACGCUGUUUCUGACUAGACGGGUGGAAAGAAAGGAGCAGUAUCAGAAUGAUGAGCUUUUCAUGAGAGGGACUUCAGGAGACGCACCCAAAGCAAAGAGUGGCUUCGCGCGGGUUCUGGAAGAGGCAAGAAUGAAAGCUGCGAAAGGCGAAACACCGCUUGACGACCAAGCUGAUGGUGACGUCAAGAUGAAUGAUGCAACAUGA